GAGCUAUGUUCGAGAAGAAGUAAGGAGAGCUGACCGAGAAAAAAGAAUAGCAGAGGCAGAAGGCGGGAAGAUUACAAUCAGGCGGGUGAAGGAGAAAUUGAUAGAGGAUGCGCUGGUUUUCUAAGAAAUGGUGAAGAAAAUGGAAUUGAUGCAGAAGUUUGUUGAAGAAGACUCAUGCAACAUUUUAAAGUGACAUAGGCCCUGAUUCUCGAGUUUUGGUGGAAAAAGCAGGAAACAGGUUAUUCAAAAGAAACCGUCUCUGUCAAGCGACUUGUCAGAUAAACUGCAGUAGUUGCGCAGGAGUUCACUCAAUCUGGGUUCUACAUGGCAGGGAAAGAAGACUACUAUUAGGGUCUGCUGGAAACACAUGUUUAUUUACAGUCAAUGUAACAAGAACUGUCAGAUCUCAUCUCGGCUGUCGACCUGUGAGUCCCGGAUGCUCGGGAUUCUAGAAUAUAUGUCCUUCUUAGUCUUGGAAUAGGUUUCGGAAAAGCAGGGAAUAUACGAUUACCAAUUGGAUCAAGAAAAGGAUAGUGAAGACUUAUAUAUUCAAGUCAAAAAGUGAGUGUCUCCAGAUUCAUCCAGUACCCUUUUCCAGUUCUCUUCUCUUUUCUUCAUCUACUAGGAUUAAGCAGCAAAAUUCUGAGGAGCAACAACCCUAACCAAGCCAGGCAGAGAUGGAAACCCCUAAGGAGAUUUUCUUGAAGGAUUACAAGAAGCCUGAUUACUACUUCGAUACAGUUGAUCUGACGUUUUCUUUGGGUGAGGAGCACACAAUCGUUUCUUCAAACAUAACUGUUUACCCAAGAACUGAAGGUGCAGCAGAAUCUUCUCCACUGGUGUUAGAUGGGGUGGAUCUUAAGCUUCUAUCAAUCAAAAUUGAUGGCAAGGAACUGAAGAAAGAAGAAGAUUACCACCUGGAUGCACGCAAUCUGACAAUCUCAUCACCCCCAGGUACUGCAAGAUUCACUUUAGAGAUUGUUACAGAGAUAUAUCCUCAGAAAAACACAUCUCUGGAGGGACUCUACAUAUCUUCUGGAAAUUUUGUUACACAAUGUGAAGCUGAGGGUUUUCGGAAGAUCACAUAUUACCAGGAUCGCCCAGACAUCAUGGCUAAGUACACUUGCAGGGUUGAAGGCGACAAGGCACUAUAUCCGGUAUUGCUGUCGAACGGAAAUCUCGUGGAGGAAGGAGACCUCGAGGGUGGUAAGCAUUAUGCAGUUUGGGAGGAUCCACACAAGAAACCAUGCUACUUGUUCGCAUUGGUCGCCGGACAGUUGCAGAAUAGGGAUGGCGAUUUCGUCACUCGGUCGGGGCGGAAGGUGUCACUUAGGAUUUGGACAACUGCAGAGGAUCUACCAAAAACUGUUCAUGCCAUGUAUUCACUCAAAGCAGCUAUGAAGUGGGAUGAGGAUGUUUUCGGUCUUGAGUAUGACUUGGAUCUUUUCAACAUUGUGGCCGUUCCAGAUUUUAACAUGGGAGCCAUGGAGAACAAGAGUUUGAAUAUAUUCAAUUCGGUGAUGGUUUUGGCAUCACCUGAGACUGCUUUAGAUAGAGAUUAUGCUUCAAUUCUAGGGGUUAUCGGUCACGAGUAUUUCCAUAACUGGACUGGAAACAGGGUGACAUGUCGUGACUGGUUCCAGCUGAGUCUGAAGGAAGGUCUUACCGUCUUUCGGGAUCAGGAAUUCUCUUCUGACAUGGGAAGUCGUUCGGUCAAGAGGAUAGGAGAUGUUACGAUUCUGCGUAAGUAUCAGUUUCCAGAGGAUGCUGGUCCUAUGGCUCAUCCAGUACGACCACAUUCUUAUAUUAAGAUGGACAACUUCUACACCUCCACGGUUUAUGAAAAAGGAGCUGAAGUCGUCAGGAUGUAUAAAACUUUGUUGGGAAGUCAAGGUUUCAGAAGAGGGAUGGAUCUUUAUUUCAAGAGGCAUGAUGGCCAAGCUGUAACCUGUGAAGACUUCUAUGCUGCAAUGCGAGAUGCAAAUGAUGCUGACUUUGCAAAUUUCUUGCAAUGGUACUCUCAGGCAGGAACACCCACUGUGAAAGUCACAUCAUUCUACAACUCGGAAGCCAAGACAUACUCAUUGAAGUUCAGUCAAGAGGUGCCUCCUACUCCUGGCCAGGCAGUGAAAGAACCAAUGCUCAUACCUGUGGCAGUUGGUCUGCUUGACUCAAACGGAAAGGAUAUGCCUCUCACAUCCGUUUAUCAUGAUGGAAUCCUUCAGGCUGCUAGUAAAGAUGGGGAGCCAGCCUACACUACAGUACUUCGGAUAAAGAAUAAGGAAGAAGAAUUUGUGUUCUCUGAAAUAUCUGACCGCCCAGUUCCAUCUCUCUUGCGGGGAUAUAGUGCUCCUAUCCGCCUAGACUCUGAUCUUACUGAUACUGAUCUCUAUUUUCUUCUUGCUCAUGAUUCAGAUGAGUUUAAUCGGUGGGAGGCAGGGCAACUCUUGGCUAGAAAUUUGAUGCUUAGUUUAGUUGCUGAUUUCCAGCAAAACAAACCAUUGGCUCUGAAUGCAGACUUUGUGCAUGGGUUCAGAAGCAUACUGACCGAUAGUACCUUGGAUAAAGAAUUCAUUGCCAAGGCUAUUACUCUGCCCGGGGAAGGGGAAAUCAUGGACAUGAUGGAUAUUGCUGAUCCUGAUGCUGUUCAUGCUGUCCGGUCUUUCAUCAGGAAACAUCUUGCUACUGAACUCAAAACAGAAUUUCUCAAGACAGUGGAAAACAAUAGAAGCUCUGAUCCAUACGUCUUCGACCAUUCCAAUAUGUCAAGACGCACUUUGAAGAACAUCGCUCUUUCCUAUCUGGCUUCUCUUGAGGAUCCCAAGAUCACUGAACUUGCUCUGAAUGAGUACAGAACGGCUACAAACUUGACGGACCAGUUUGCAGCUCUAACAGCCUUGGUCCAAAACCCUGGUACAACGCGUGAUGAUGUUCUUGCUGAUUUCUAUUGCAAGUGGAAGCAUGACUAUUUGGUUGUAGAUAAAUGGUUUGGUCUUCAAGCCAUUUCAGACAUUCCUGGAAAUGUCGAGAAUGUGCGCAAGCUGCUAAUGCAUCCUGCCUUUGACUUGCGCAAUCCUAACAAGGUGCACUCGCUCAUUGGAGGAUUCUGUGCGUCACCAGUUAAUUUCCAUGCUAAGGAUGGAUCAGGCUACAAAUUCUUGGGAGAGAUUGUACUGCAACUUGACAAAUUAAACCCCCAGGGUGCCUCGCGUAUGGUGUCCUCCUUCUCGAGGUGGAGGCGUUACGAUGAGACUAGACAGGCGCUUGCUAAGGCACAACUGGAGAUGAUACUGUCAACUAAUGGGCUGUCUGAGAAUGUGUUUGAAAUAGCCUCAAAAAGCUUAGCAGGUUAGUUAUAUGUUUGGGUUCUCUCGUGUCCACAGAUUCAUCCGGGUUAAGUUUUGAAGUUUAUUUCUUAUGUGGAUUUUUGUUUAUUCGCUUAAGUAGAUAUUUAUAAGUAAUAUGAAACCUUAAAGAAACUUUGUUAGAAAAUAUACUUUUAGUUGUCUUUCAUUUAAUGAAAAAAGACUUGCGGUUCA